ACAGGAUAGGAAAUCACUCAAUCUCGUCCAUACAAUUUAUUUUUUCAAUCUUUUGCUUACUAGGGACUAGCUCAAAUAGUUCGGGUGGCGAUUUGGGUUUUCACACGACAACAAGGCUAAAAAAUGACAUGAUUUUUGCAGGUUAGAUUGGGGAAAUUAAGUGCACGAUCGAAAACAGGUCAGACCCGUUUGACAUGACAUUUUUCUGAGUCGGAUUAAAGAGGAGAUGUCUCAACCCAGGAACAAAGAUUUGCGGGCUAAGUUCGCCGGAGGGAGCUCCUCCGCUGGGGCUUCCAGGCCCAUGGUGAAGAAACUCUGGAUGGCAAAGAAAGCCGUCGGGACAUCAUCCAAAUCCCCUGCAAAGGGGAAAGACCAGGGCCCGGCUGCCCUGGCCAAGGUACCUCCUCCCCCGCCAGUGGAGAAGAUGCCCCCGCCCCCUCCUCGAGCUCUGUCCCCUGCUCGGGACAUGGAGGUGGAGGCCGGGACUCUGAUGGCCGUAGUCCCAUAUGUGCGCAUUCCCAUGGAUCCCCAGGCCUUGGAGAAGAUUCCUGACGUCUUCCGGGGAACGGUGUAUGAGACGGCGAGCUACGCCGUCGACCACUUCUACCGCGCCACCGAGAGGGACCUGCGGGCCAUCGAAGCAAGGAGCCUGGAGAAUGUAAUGGAUUCUUCACUGGGAAUGGCUCUAACGAGUGACUUGGCCCUUCACCGGAGCAUAUCCAGGUCCAGGGCUCGGCUCGAGGAGAUGAGGGGUGAGCAUCAAACAGUUUUGGCCGCCCAUCAAACUGCCUUGGUCACCUUACAGACAGCCCAACAGAAGGAAAAAGAUGCCAAGGAUGCUUUGGCGGCCGAGCUGAAUGAAGCCCGUCCUAAGCUUCAAGAGGCCGAGGCCACCAAGGCCGCCCUUGUUGCCGCGCUGGUCGAGCUAGACUCUGCGAAGACUGGGGUCGAGGAGGCUAAGGCCGCCCUGGAAAUGGAGAAGGCAGCUUCUAGCUCCGCCAUGGAGGACAUGCUCUACCACUGCUGGGUCUAUAACUCGGACGGCGACUUCUCCUUCUUAGGAGCGGACUGGGACGUCUUCCAGGAAGGGUUCAAAGCUCACCUCCAGCAAGAGGCACCUUCUGAGACCGGGGAGGCCUCCGCAGCGGCCGAGCAGGAGGGCGAGACGGCGACCUCAACGGAGCAGCCCGGUGGUGCCUAGGGCCUUUUCCCCUCUUCUUUUUUAUUAUAUUUUAUUUUUGUAACUUUGCAUGAGGUUUUUUCACCUCGAGACAAUUGGUUUUAUCAAUCUUUACUUUUAAUUGAUUUACAUCUUUUUGCCUCUAUGUAUUUUAAUAGUCUUAGUUUUUAAGCUUCUAAGACAAGUCCUAGUUGAAUCUCGGACCUCGCUUUAAAAAUCUAGUUCGCGUUAAUUCUUUGACUAAUACCUUGUGCUUUUUAAGAAAAACACCGAUCAAUCAAUUUGAAUUAACUUCUAAGUUUUAGGACCU